AUGUGGCCGCUUGUUGACCGCAUCAUUCUGCAGACGCUUUCUCGCAUGAACUAUUCGAAAGAUCAUUUUUCCUCUCAAAGGCUAUUUGGAAAUUUGGGCUAUUUUGUUGUCACAUUGGGGAUUGGCCAUCUUGUUACCGUUCUCGGAUACACCAAGGGACUUAUGCUUGGCAUUUCAGUUAUUUGUCCUUCGUUUACCAUUUAUCUCCUCCUAUGGCAUUUUGGGAUUUUCGACCUUAUAUGGCGUAGUAAUAAAAAUGCUAGUACCUCCAAAGCGCAAGAAAAACCCUCGCUUUCUACGCGUCAUGAGGCUAUAUUUCCAGUUGAAUUUCCCGAUCGCCCAUGUGGCAUUAAAGCUCUGUUCUGCCUUUCUGCAUACCAAAUAUAUCUGUUAACUCUUUUCUUAGAUGGAUUCACUCGGUUUUCUUUGGGCUUUUUUCUGAACUUUUAUUUCACAGACGAAGUUGGCAUGUCCCCGAGAGAGGCAUCCGCUACGAUUUCUUUUGCAAUAGUUGUUGAAAUGCUCUUCUAUUCAGUGGGCGCAGCUUUAUUAAGGACGCUUGGCGUUUAUCCAAUGAUUGCUUUAGGCCAAAUAAUAAUGGUGGCCAGGUUAUGGACGCUGUUUUUUGUGCCAUCGUCGUCCAGAUAUGAAGUAUUUGUGUUAAUUGAGCUUAGUCUAGGUGUUAUUUGCGGGUUGUUUCACCCAGCAUGUGUUGCCCUCGCUAGCAAGUUAUCUCUUAAAGGUAAAGAAAGCACCUGCCAAGCAAUAUUUAACGGCGUAUACAAUGGGAUCGGUGGAUUCGCUGCCGGUAUUUUUGGCUCUUACAGUCUUUCUUUAAAAAGCAAUAUUUUGAAUACCUCUUCCUUUCUUUUUAUGCUCUUUUUGGUUGCUAUUAUUUGUUCUGCGUGGUGCUUUUCUUUCAUAUUAUUGUAUCGAAACUGGAUUAAAAAAUCGC